AUGGGCUACGGCAGACUCGGAUCUACCGGGACGGGUGGUUCUUCGAGACCAGAUAUACUCGAAGACACCUCAACACCGCCGACCACCACCCGGAAGUCCAAACUCAAAUUCCUUCUAAUUUUCUCACUCACACUAAUUCUUCUGUCGGCCGUCUCAGUGGGUCUCCUAGUGGGUCUCCGAACCAGAUCCGUUGGCAGAAUGCACCGGAAGCCCACCCAAGCCAUAUCCCGAACCUGUAGCCGAACUCGGUACCCAACUCUCUGUGUCAACUCGCUCCUCGACUUCCCCGGAGCACUCUCCGCCUCCGACAAAGACCUCGUCCACAUUUCCGUCAACAUGACUCUCCUACGUUUCAAUAAAGCCCUAUACAUAGCUUCGGACAUCAGCAAUAUGGACAUGGAAACGCGUGUACGGUCCGCGUACGACGAUUGCCUCGAGCUCUUGGACGACUCGGUGGAGCUUCUCACACGUUCUCUCACCUCCGUCUCUCCGUCACCGGACCUCAACUUAGCCCAGGCUGGAUCCACGCAGGACGUGAUAACGUGGCUAAGUGCGGCGCUGACGAACCAGGACACGUGUACGGAGGGAUUUGAGGAGGUGAAUGGGUUCGUGAAGGAUCAGAUGGGUAAUAGAUUGAAGGACUUGUCUGAAUUGGUGAGUAAUUGUCUGGCGAUAUAUUCGGCGGCCAGUGGGGACGACGAUUUUUCAGGAAUUCCGAUACAGAAUCGUCGUCGGAGAAUGUUGGAGUCGAAGGAUGAAGAAGUUGGGCAUUUUCCGAAAUGGUUGUCUGGGAGGGAUCGAAUGUUGUUGGAUAUGCCGGUGCAUGGAAUACAAGCGGAUAUUGUGGUGUCCAAGGAUGGUAAUGGAACUUACAAGACGAUUGCGGAGGCUAUUAAGAAGGCGCCUGAGUACAGUGAUCGUCGAACCAUAAUUUACGUCAGGGAAGGAAAGUAUGCAGAGGAUAAUUUGAAGGUGGGGAGGAAGAAGAGGAAGUUGAUGUUUAUUGGGGAUGGGAAGGGCAAGACGGUGAUUUCAGGAGGAAAAAGUGUGUACGAUAAGGUGACGACAUUCCACACCGCGUCUUUCGCGGCUACUGGUGCUGGUUUCAUUGCACGGGACAUAUCAUUUGAGAACUGGGCUGGACCAAGCAAACACCAAGCAGUGGCUCUUCGAGUCGGUGCGGACCACGCAGUGGUCUACCAGUGCAACAUUAUAGGAUAUCAAGACACACUUUACGUACACUCACAACGCCAAUUUUUCCGGGAAUGUGACGUAUACGGAACGGUAGACUUCAUAUUCGGUAAUGCCGCAGUGGUGUUCCAAAACUGCAGCUUAUAUGCACGAAAGCCCAUGGCCACGCAGAAGAACACUAUAACGGCCCAAAACAGAAAAGACCCAAAUCAAAACACAGGAAUAUCAAUCCAUGCCUGCCGGGUCGUAGCAACACCAGAACUCGAGGCCUCAAAGGGCAGCUUCCCAACUUAUCUGGGCCGUCCGUGGAAAAUGUACUCACGAACAGUCUACAUGCAAUCAUACAUGGGCGAUCACAUUCACCCUAGAGGAUGGCUCGAAUGGAAUGCAAACUUUGCACUUGAUACCCUAUACUAUGGUGAGUAUAUGAAUUUUGGUCCUGGAGCGGCCUUGGGGCAACGGGUCAAAUGGCCCGGGUACCGGGUGAUCACAUCAACUGCCGAGGCUAGCAAAUUCACAGUUGCUCAAUUUAUAUAUGGCUCCUCCUGGUUACCUGCCACUGGAGUGGCUUUCUUGGCUGGGCUAUCAACUUAA